AUGGCUGCUGACGUCAGCUCUCUCGUACGGUUACUAAGCGGUUACAAAGAUGAUCGGACGGUGACGAAAGAGACCACCGGAGCAAAAUCAACGGCGAAUCUGACGACUCGCGAUCUCCUUGGCAGCGGCGGAGAUCGGUCACUGGAGCUUGAUCUCGACCUUCAAGUCCCCACCGGAUUCGAAAAACGUCUCGAUUUGAAGUCUGGGAAAGUUUAUCUGCAACGAUGCAAUUCGACGAGUUCGUCUUCAAUAACGAACCCGGAACAAUCCAAUCAAACAGUACCAACGUUUCCGGAUUUGAAUUUUCCACCGAAUUCUCAAUCGACGACGAAGCCUCUGUUAAAUCUCUUCGACGACACAUCGCCGGAACUGAAACUACUACCACCGUCGUCACGGCCUCGUCUUCUCUCUUCUAUAUCUCCGAACCCUAAUUUUCAGAGUGUUUGUACACUCGACAAAGUGAAAUCUGCUUUAGAGAGAGCAGAGAGAGAUCCGUCGGCGAUGUUUAAGAAACGACAAUCGCCGGAGGAUACAGUCUCCGAUCAUUAUUCUACGGCGACGGUUGCUUCUCCGGUGGCCGCGGGUUGUCCCGGUUGUUUAUCGUACGUGUUGGUGAUGAAGAACAAUCCGAAAUGUCCGAGAUGUGAUACGAUUGUUCCUUUACCUGCAAAUUCCAUGAAGAAGCCGAAGAUUGAUCUUAAUAUAUCAAUCUGA